GCCUGGCGGAGGGGGGACAUGCUCCUGUGAGGUAGUUCCAAGCCUUCUCCACCAUAACUCACUUCGGGGCGCCUCUUCUUCUCCUCACCCCAUCAUUUACUGAGUGAAUUGUCGGGAUUGAGCACUCGUCUUCCCCCAUCCCCAUCCGAAAUAGUAAUCACUGGCAACAUGAUGUGAGUUAGGUUUAUUUUAGCAGGCAACCAUGUCAGUGAGGCCUCAAUUGGAAACAUUUAAUAAUAUGAAAAUACACUACAGGCGUAGAAAGCAAUGAGGUUGCAGAAUGUAGAAGAAAUAUGAGAAAAGUACAAGCAACAAUUUGGAAAGAAUGACGGAAAGUGAAAUUUUUCCCCACGAUACAACUGUGUUUUUGGCAAAGUCAUACGAAGACAUCAUGGAAUAUGCUGUGGAGCGGGGAGUUUCUGACAAAAUGCGCAUUAUCACAUUACAAGUAGUCAACAUGGAUGAACACAUCCAGCCCAGCCUGACUGAGGUCAACUUGACAAUGAACCAACAAGGAACUGAAAUGAUUCCAAAUGGGCUGAGACAGGCGUUGGGUGGUGAGGGUGAGAUCAUGCACACUCUUCCACUCCCUGAAGGAGUACAAGUUUUUAAGGUAGGGCCAAAUGGAGAGAUGCAGUGCAUUGAGAGAAUGGAACUGGAUGCAGCCCAUACUCCGGAAGAAUGCGUAGACACAGUGAUAGACCAAUACCACGAACCUCUUGUCAAGAAAGAGAAAAGUAGUGUGCAGUGUGGUAUACAAAUUGAGAAUAAUACAGAUGUGACCAUUCAUCAUUGUAGAGGCAGACAGCUGGAGGGUCUACAACCAGAUGUAUCUGUUGAAAAAACUAUUAGUCCUGCUAGACUUAACAAAAUUAAGAAGAAAGAUGUUAAGAAGACAUUUCAGUGUAAACUAUGUUCUUAUACAUUUACACAACGGUCUAAUCUAGACCGUCACAUGAGAAGCCAUUCAGAUGAGCGGCCACACAAAUGUCACCUUUGUGAAAAGGCUUUUCGAACCAUCACCCUUCUGCAAAACCAUAUAAACACUCAUACAGGCACUAGACCACAUAAAUGCCCUGACUGUGCUAUGGCAUUUGUUACGAGCGGUGAGGUGGUGCGACACAGACGUUACAAGCAUACCCAUGAAAAGCCCUUCAAAUGUUCAAUCUGCGAUUAUGCUAGUGUUGAGGUAAGUAAACUGAAGCGACACAUCCGUUCUCACACAGGGGAGCGUCCAUUCCCGUGCACAUUCUGCAGCUAUGCUAGCAGAGAUACAUACAAGCUGAAGCGACAUAUGAGAACUCACUCAGGUGUCCAUUUACGAAAGCAGCAUUCCUACACAAGCUCGAGCAUGAAGUGUCGUUACUGUGAAGCUACUUUCCAUGAACGCUAUGCACUCAUCCAACACCAAAAGACGCACAGGAAUGAGAAACGUUUCAAGUGUGACCAGUGUGAUUAUGCAUGUAAACAGAAACGUCACAUGAUAAUGCAUAAACGUAUCCACACCGGAGAAAAGCCAUUCAGCUGCUCCCAGUGUGAUAAGCAGUUCAGACAGAAGCAGCUUCUGGACUUGCAUUUCAAGAAGCAUCACGAUCCAAGUUUCAUCCCAGAGGCAUACAUUUGCUCCCAGUGUUGUAAGAGCUUUACUCGCAAGAAUGUCAUGAAAAGGCAUGCUGAGAGAUGUGGCAAUGUGACAAUACAAGAUGGAAGUGCAAUGUUUAUGCCAAAGAAAAGGAGGAUCAAGAAGAAUAAAUUGGAGUACAAACACAAUGCUGAAGCAAAAGGAGAUGAACCUCCAGUUGGACUUGAGACUCAACAAUCCAUUGAAGUAACUGAUGACUGUCACAUCAAGAAUGAUGUCACAUCACCGACUAAAACAAAUGUGAUUAAAAGGAAAAAAAUGGUUAAAGGAAAAUCAGCUGGAGUGAAGUUGGAGCCACAGGAGUUUGCAGGCAGUGUUUCUAACCACACAGUUGAGAUCAUACCAGUUGACAGCAACAAAGAGCUAACCACAGUGAAUGGUCAGUGCAAAAAAACAAUCACCCCUGAGAUGAUCCUGAAACGAAUGGUCUUGUAAGGCACCAUCUCCAUUCCUAUGUUACUUUAGUUUUAUAGAAGUAGUUUAGGAGAUGAUUCUAUGAAGAAAAGAUCAUCAACUGGACAAAGGACUAAAAUGAUUUUUUAAAUACCUUAGGGAUGGAUAUAGGAUGGUUGAUUCUCAAGUUAGCAUGUUCAGUGUAUCACAAUAAGGGACAAGAUUGUUAAAAGUGAAAAGAACCUGUAAAAAAAAAUUAAGUCAGAAUUUGUAAAAUAAUGCAGAGCAAUGUUUGAAAGCUAGAAUUGUGGUACACAUAUUUCUGAGUUGAUGUUUUAAUUCAUAUCUUGUUAAGUGAAUAAUGUUAACAGCUUGUGUAUUCUAAUUCUCUCAUGUCUAAGCAUGUUCUUGGAGCCUUGUUGCAGCCCAAGACCAGUCCCAGCCAAUUACCAGCAAAAUGCAAGCAAUGUUCAUUCAGUAAGGAAAGGGGAGUUUAUGUUUUCACCAUUCCUUUUGCAUGUUAUGCGUUUUUAAACUUGUACCUAUUAUAAGAAAUGUUGAGAGAAUUUGCAAAGAAUUAACACAAUUGCUAGGUUUUGUGAACAAUAUGGUGGGUUGAGAAUUAGAAUUUUGUUGGUAUUAUUGCUGAGUUUCUGGUAUCAGUGAAGGACAAUGUACCCUGUUAGGUCAGCUGGUUAUGGUAAUGAAAGGUUGCAUUGAACACUCCCAGUCCUUGUUGAGUUAGCUGGCAUUAGCGAUAGCACUGAAGCAGGAGAGGGUAAUUGACCAGAUUUCUGAUGCUUAGUGCUGUUUAACGUUUCUGUUUAUGCAAUGUUCAAGUGUGUGGAUAGGCACUGUGAAAUGGAUCAACUGAACUGUGACACCGUGCCAUCUAUGGACAAGCAGUCUGCUCAUAUUUCAGAGUUGAAUUUCCAUGCAAGUUCUCCCACAUGUUAUUUCAUUCAAAAAUCUGUGACACUCCCUGAAAUAACGGCAGAAGCAUGAUUGGUGAUCAGGAGAAUCCCUGCUACAAAUUCAAAUCUUUUAAUGCCCAGUUUCAGACAUGCAGAUUGGGCACAUGGUGAGUUCACGGCAGACAACAAACACCAUGGUCUAUACCAGCUUAAGAAGACAGAGUUUUCAGUAGUGAAAGCAGAAGAACUGAUUGAAGAAAUGAAAUGAGACCAUUUUCUUUGGAAAUGUAAAAAGGUUCCAGUUUACUUUCCUGGACCCAUAUCUGUUGAUCAGUGUAAUUUCCCGGAGCUAAUAAGCUGCUUUCCAUUGGAUCAUGAUGGAGUUAGAUGUUUGGAAUUCAUGCCCUCGAUGGAGUUUAGAAAUUUAGCUCUAAGUAUUAGUUAUAUUACUCCUCAUUGAGGAGGUGAUGGAGCAAUGUAAUGUGACAGAACCGAAUACACAAUAGUGUAUACUUUUAUUAUCUAGAUUUUUAAGUUCCAGUUCCUUUAACACUCAUCAUUUACAUUGGGUUUAUCUCAACUCUGUUCUAAGUCUAACUGUCAAACCUUGGACCUUGACUGUUAACUCAGUGGUUAGCUUCAAUUUUUCAGUGCUACACGAGUCAUUAAUCCGUUGUGAAUUUGUUCGGUUUCAAUCUGUUUCAUGUAUAACAAUAUCACUCAUUUUCACAUUACUCUUGGAGAGAUUUUAACCCUUUGAAGAGUUUAUGCCUAGUUCUUCUGCCCUUGUUUUUGCACCUGGCCACACAACAUAAACUUAGGAAACAAUUGCAAGUGGAGUAUCGCAUUGCUUGUCUAAAAGAAGUCUACUGUUACAACUUGAACUGAGAUUCAGUAGAAACUGACACGAGAUGAUGUUCAUGAAGUGGAAAAUUUCACCUGAUUUACAAGUCUGAUUUUGUCACUAAAUACUUAGUGAUCAAUCAUUAUUUCUUUAAUAAUUAAAGCAGACAAUUCAGUAUAGUGCUGAGAGACUGUUAGAUUGUUAGAAGUUUUGCCCUUUAUUUGGGAAGUCUAUCUGCUUGUUUGUGCAGACAUUAAAAAUCUCAGGGCAUUUGUUAAAGCAGAGCAGUCUUUCAAGUGUCAUCACACUUUUUUAUUCACUUAAAAUCAGGCAUCAGCUGUCUCUCUCUCUCU